AACUCAUGCAGUAAAGGAUUUGUGGUGGUUCUGUUCAUGAUGCUUCAUUUUUAGCUCUUUUUAGAAUAGUCAAGCUGCAUCACUUUCUUAUGUGGAUGUUUUGAUAUUUUCAGGAAAGGAUGGCAGGUGGUGCCGCGGUGAACACUGCCAACACGUGCAGGAGGAAAGAAAGGAUGGCAGGUGGUGCCGCGGUGAACACUCCCAACACAUGCAGGAGGAAAGAAAGGAUGGCAGGUGGUGCCGCGGUGAACACUGCCAACACGUGCAGGAGGAAAGAAAGGAUGGCAGGUGGUGCCGCGGUGAACACUCCCAACACAUGCAGGAGGAAAGAAAGGAUGGCAGGUGGUGCCGCGGUGAACACUGCCAACACGUGCAGGAGGAAAGAAAGGAUGGCAGGUGGUGCCGCGGUGAACACUGCCAACACGUGCAGGAGGAAAGGAAGGAUGGCAGGUGGUGCCGCGGUGAACACUGCCAACACGUGCAGGAGGAAAGAAAGGAUGGCAGGUGGUGCCGCGGUGAACACUGCCAACACGUGCAGGAGGAAAGGAAGGAUGGCAGGUGGUGCCGCGGUGAACACUGCCAACACGUGCUGGAGGAAAGAAAGGAUGGCAGGUGGUGCCGCGGUGAACACUGCCAACACGUGCAGGAGGAAAGUGAGUACCUGCUUCAUUACAUGAUGUGCACUCUGUUUGGAACUCGCUUUUAAACUUUUUUUUUUCCAUGUCAACCGAAACCUGUCACUGUUGCCUGCCUUUCUCCUGUCUGCUUCCCACGAAUCUAUGAAGGAAAGAAAGGAUGUGCUUCCAUGGUAUCGUGUCAGUAGUAUUAUCCAUUGAAGGAUUAGUUGAAACCUUUUUCCAAAGCGUUGUUUUUAUCUCCCAUUUUUGUGCCUUCCCAGGGUAUAUAUAUGAAAGAAGAAAGAAUGUAAAUUUAGUCUAUAAUGUUCAUUGCAACAUCUUACAGGGAAAAAGUCCUUUGAGGAUUAACCGAAUCUUUUUCAAAACUAUAAUUUUUGUAUUUCAGUCUUCGUGUGCUUAUUUUAGUGUAUGCAUAGAGAAAAGAAGGAUACGAAAUCAUAUAUUUUCUUUUUGUUAUAAAUAUUUACUUGGAGAUUCAGUUGAAACCUAACAAUUAGCUAUCAUUUUUGCGUUCAUAUUUUUUUUCGUAUAUAUCUUUUGUAUGUACGAAUAUGUGAGUGAAGAAAGGAAAGAUGCAAUUACAAAAAAACA